UUACAAGCCCUCUCCACCGCUUACAUCAGGAAGUAUAUUUGUAUUUAUUCUGUUUUACUGCUGCAAGCUGAUUUCUACCUGGAAAACCAGCCUGCUGAUGAAAGUACAUCCGAACAGUGUCCUUAGAUAGAAAAAUCAGCCUAAUAUGAGUCACCGUUCUCGAGCCUCCAGGGUCCAGCAGCAUCUCCACUGUGACUCAUGCUACAGUCGGCGCUGUAGGGCUAGGGUGGAAGUUUCUGUGAGCUGUGCUCUUGUCCCUUGCCGUCUCCUUUGUGGAGCAGUUUUCCACCUGUGCAAAGAGGAGGACCACCUGCUGCUCUGCCCCAACGUGAGGGUGCCCUGCCUCAACGCCCACUACGGCUGCCCGGCCCAGAUGCCCCGCUCCGCCCGAGCGGCUCACCUGCAGGCGUGCCCGGCCAGCGUGGUGUGCUGCUCCAUGGAGUGGCUCCGCUGGCCGGCUGAUGAGACAAACCCACAUAGCUUUAACGCCUUGCAGGACAAUGUGAUGAAGGAAUGUGACAUGCAGGGAGAGGCUCUGGAUGUUGCCAUGGCUCUGGUUGACCAGUCAGACCUGUACGCACGCCUCAAAAUGAAGACUAUUUAUCCAGAGCUCAUGGAACAAGAAGAGGAGGAGAUAAAGGAGGAGAUCAAAGAGGACAUAGCAGUCGGAGGACUUGGUGUUCAAGACCAAAGUCCCAAUGAAGGCCUUCCUGUAAGCAGAAUGUGGGAAAGUAAUACUGUGGAAGACACUGCUCAGAAUGUUGUUACACAACCUUCACAGAUCAACAAAGAGAAAUACAAUCUGUUUGAGAUGAUGUUCAACAUGGACAGAGGCGCCUGUGCUGUCGCUCAGGAGAAUUUAGAAAAUCAAAAACAAAAACCUGCACAGCAGGGAAGAAGCCAGAAUCUGACAGCUCAGGAGAGGCAGGACAAAACACGGGCUGAACAGAAACAUAUAGAGGGGGAUAGUUCUGCUGCGGCCAGAAGCUGCCCUCCACCUGACACCAGUAAGACCGGCCAGGCCCCUUGGCAGGAAGGGGUUCUGGACCGUCUGGGGCAGGAGCUCACUCCGCACGAGUACAACAUGUACAUGGUGCAUCAUGGACGCAUGCUGCUUGCCUUCGGCCAGAUAGAUGCCUGCACUCCAAGAAAGAGAGACUUUGUAUAUGGCAGCCUGGAGCCAAUUCCAGUGCAGACCCUGCGCUCUUUCAAGGUCCCUGUAAGUUAUCGAUACAAAAGGCGGGUUCAUCUGGAUCUUUACGAGAUCACUGGACGGGUGCAGACUGAACAGCGAGGUGUGGACACAUCAGACCUUGGAGCUAGUGAAGAGGACUGGUUUUCAGAUGAAGCUGCUGCAACUCUGCUUGGCUAUGCUGAAAUAGCAGUCAUGGGUCACAAGAUCAGUGAUACAAAGGGAGCAGACGGGCUCUAUGCGGACGUUGGAACACAGACACAUUCUUUUCGCACAGCUCCCUUCAAGCAGAACACCACCCUGGUAGAACUGAUGGUGGACCGACCACAGAAGCUUCUUCUGCAGCUCCAGGCAGAGAGCGUGAACAGCAGAAACAACAGAGCCAGCUGUGCGUUCACCUUCCUCUGUGGUCACACUUUCCACCGCAAAGAGUUCGCCUCACACUUCAGGAACGUUCACAGUGAUAUCCAGAUGUGUCUGAGCGAUUGGUUUGAACAGCGGUGCCCCCUGGCGUAUCUGGGAUGCACAUACAGGCAGAGAAGGUUUCAUCCGUCCACACAGAAGGCCACAGUCAACUACAAUCAGCAUCUGAGGUGUUUCAACUUGCGCCCAGAUGUUCCUCCCUCUCUGGACAACAGCUCCUCCGGGUGCAGAGCAGACUCCUCCGCUGUUCAGAGAAAGAGCAAAUGUCAAGCUAGAGAAGGGGAAGACUGGCUAAGCUCAUUGCCCUACGAGGUGCUGUGCCACGUGGCCGGUUUCCUGGACAGCCUGUCCCUGUCCCAGCUGGCUCUGGUGUCCCGUCUCAUGAGGCAGGUGUGCUCCUCUCUGCUGCAGAAAAGAGGGAUGGUGACCCUUCGCUGGGAGAGGACAAACACCUCACGUGGGGAAGCCAAGUGGAAGUCCAGACCUGUGUGGGAGUUCAGUCAUCUGUUCUCCACAGUAGAUUCAUGGGAAAUGGCUGACAUACCUCCUAUUUCUGCUCAUCUGAAAGUCUGUCCUUACUACCAGAGAACUGAGCACAGGGAGACGUUUCCCCUCCCCUUCAUUACUGAGAAACAGGAGAAAAAUUUGAAGGGUUCAAGUCUCCUCAAUCAUUUUACAGGAAGAAAAUGACAAUAAUGAAGACUUAGGGAGGAGGAACGGUGUUUCCUGGAAACUCUGUUUCUCAUGUUUAACUCAAACCACUUUAUAAUUAAAUGUAUCAUUACAUUUAGGAUUUAGGGUUAUUACGUGACAAUCUCUAAACCCUGUAAAUACCUGCAGAACUCAAGGAACCACGCCUUUUAAAGCUUAAUCUACUCUACCCUAACAACCUAAACCCAAAUAUCCGACAACCCAAUCCUCCUCUGAAGACUCACCUUCACCACACCACUGGCACAGGCACAAACAUAUAACAAGUUGCAGUUAGGGGCAACUGUGUCUCAGGUGAUAGGAGUCCGGUGUAACCGGUGGGAUGCCGGUUUGAACCCCCGCUCUGUCCGUCUCAGUCUUUGUGUCCUUGGGCAAGACACUUCACCUGCCUUGCCUGCUGAUGGUGGUCAGAGGGUUAAGUGGCACCGAUUGUAUGGCAGUUUUCUGUCAGUCUGCCACUGGGCAGCUGACAGCUUACCACUGUCAGUGGGUGAAUAGGUGAAUGAAUGGGUGGAUGACUGAUUGUAGCACUUUAGAGUCCUCAGAUUUGAUGAAGCACUAUACAAGUACACGUCAUUUACCAUUUAUAACUGUGAACUUUUUAAGCACCAACAAGAGCAACACUCUUAAGUUUAUUGAGUUAACAGGCUUGUUUGCAGAAGAUUUGUGUUAAAUUGUCAGCCUACUGACUACCGAGAGUUUGCUGCACACUUGGUUUAACCACACUACUGUAGUAAAAUCACUGCACCAAAAACAGCAGAAAACAUGUUGUAAUGUCUCACUUCCCAUAGAUGCUCCAUUAGAACCAGGUCCAUAUUGCCCAUUUGAAUAAAUCUGUAUAUAAUACA